UAUUCAGACUUGGUUUCACUUUUGAUCAUGCCGAUACUUUGUAACUAAGAAACAUGUUCUUUGAGGAAUCUUCAAGUCUUGGAGUUCUGCUUUAUUUGUCUCUGUCUGUCAGAACCAUGACAUUUGAAUUUCUACUGCUCUGAAAUGACCGAGGAAGCCAUUAGCUGACUCCUUCUUUAAUGUCUUGCUCAAAGAAAACUUCUACUCAAAUAGAUGCAGAAUAUGGCUUUGCUGCAACAGAACUACUUCUUAGAAGAUCCUGUGUUUCCUGAAUCCUCUGAGCUGGAAAAUCACACAAUAAUGACAGAGUUUAUCUUGCUGGGGCUCUCCAAUGAUCCACACAUAGAAAUUUAUUUUCUUUUCUUGUUCUUCCUCCUUUUUUUACUCACUAUUUUGGGGAAUACAAUAAUUAUACUGGUGAUCAAAUCUGAGCUUUGCCUUCAGACCCCCAUGUUCUUCUUUCUCAGCCAUUUAGCUUUUGUUGACAUCUGCUAUUCCUCAGUCACUGUUCCCAAGAUGCUGGCAAAUUUUAUUACAAAGCAGAAAACCAUUUCAUGGGAAGGAUGCAUUGCACAGAUUGCCUUCUUUUUCCAAAUUGCUUGUACAGAAGUCUUCAUCCUCUCAGCAAUGGGUUAUGACCGAUAUGUGGCUAUAUGUGACCCCUUGCAUUAUAGCAGAUACUUGACAAAAGAGACAUGCAAUAAAAUGGUGGUUGGAGCUUGGCUGAUGGGUUUCUUUUAUUCUAUGGUGAAUGUAGUACCUUUGCAAAAUCUUCAUUUUUGUGGCAACAAAGUAAUCAGACACUAUACUUGUGAGCUCCCUUCCCUCUUGGCUUUAUCUUGUGCAAACACAUUCAUGAAUUACAUUAUUCUUCUAAUAUCUGUGUUGGUUUUUGGUGUUAGUCCAUUUCUUAUAACCCUUGUCUCUUAUAUUUACAUUAUUUUAACUAUCCUGAAAAUUAAAUCAGUAGAAGGCAGGAAGAAAGCUUUUUCCACGUGCAGCUCCCAUCUCAUUGUUGUGGGCUUAUUUUACAUUACAGCUUUUGUUCGCUAUAUGAAGCCAAGUUCAGAAUCACUUAUAGAACUGGACAAAGUAAUCUCUGUUCAAUAUAGAAUUUUAACUCCAGUGUUAAACCCAAUGAUAUAUAGCCUGAAAAACAAAGAGAUCAGAUCUGGUGCAGAGAAAUUAUUUAGAAAAUGUAGGUCCAUUCUUUAAUCAUAAAAUGAUACUCAAAAAUCUUGAUUAAAUAUCCCCACAACUUCAACAGUGUGAGAGAAAAAA